AUGUUAUUUAGUUAUCUUCCGACAUAUAUUUUAUUAAUAAUGAUAGUUAUUGUUAUCACGGCUAAUUCAUCAUCUCUAUCGCAAUUUCCGGGUAGUCAUCAUCUUUCAUGUCCUGAAGAAUAUCGAGAAUUACGUCGUCGUCAAGAUGAAAUGAGCUUCGAAUCCACCACCGAUGAUAAUGACAAUGAUGAUGAUGAUGAUGAUAUCAAUGGUAGUGAAACUCGAGAAAACGUUUGCGAACAAGCAAUGACUAUGAUAGUUCGACGUCAUGAUUUUGUUAAAUUAGAUCCAACAAUAUUAUUGAACUAUUGUCCACAUUAUAAUGAACGUUUGGCAUUAGCAAAAGAAAAUAAUGAUACAUUAUGCGAAAAUAAAAAACAACAAUUAAAUAUGAAACGAAAACGACAACAGCUUAAGAAGAAACGAGAUGAUAGCAAUGAUUUUGAUGAUGAUGACGAUGACGACUACAAACGACGUGCAUUACUCAGACGAGAAUUAAAGAAAAGAGUUGCUUUGAGAUUUAUCCGUAAACGUAAACUAUAG